CCAUUGGCUCCGAGGACUUAGGGCUAAGGGCAAGUUCUUCCUUGCUGGGGUAGAUUCCCGGGCUAAGAAACUGGUUCCGAAUCCAAAGGAACACAGCGCGGAGCGACGCCGGGUCACGUGGCCGGCACCCCCAUGACUUGUGGACUUCGGGGCGUCAUCGUGACGUUCGGUCGACCUGCCCAGUGGCCCCGCUACGCCCGCCACCUGUGCAGUCGCGGUGCAGUCAUGGACUUGGGGCCGAUGCGCAAGAGUUACUGCGGGGAGCGAGAGGCAUUUGAGGAGACUCAGCUGACAUCCCUGGACCCCGUGAAGCAGUUUGCUGCCUGGUUUGAGGAAGCUGUUCAGUGUCCUGCCAUAGGGGAAGCCAAUGCCAUGUGUCUGGCUACCUGUACCAGAGAUGGGAGGCCGUCCGCCCGCAUGGUGCUGCUGAAGGGCUUCGGCAAGGAUGGCUUCCGCUUCUUCACUAACUUCCAGAGUCGAAAGGGAAAAGAGCUGGACUCUAAUCCCUUCGCCUCCCUUGUCUUCUACUGGGAGCCCCUCAACCGUCAGGUGCGUUUGGAGGGCCCUGUGAAGAAGCUGCCAGAGGAGGAGGCUGAGAGCUAUUUCCACUCCCGCCCCAGGAGCAGCCAGAUUGGGGCUGUGGUCAGUCACCAGAGUUCUGUGAUCCCUGAUCGGGAGUAUCUGAGAAAGAAAAAUGAAGAACUGGAGCAGCUCUACCAGGAGCAAGAGGUGCCGAGGCCAAAAUACUGGGGUGGCUACAUCCUGUACCCACAGGUGAUAGAGUUCUGGCAAGGCCAGACCAACCGCCUGCACGACCGGAUCAUCUUUCGACGGGGCCCACCGACAGGAGACUCCCCUUUGGGGCCCAUGACCCACCGAGGGGAGGAAGACUGGCUCUAUGAGAGACUUGCCCCCUGACUCCCAGGCUGCGGGUGCUGACUGGAGCUGGGGCCUGUGCUAAGAGAGGGUGCGGGAUCCGGAGCCAGGCCCCUCUAAACUCAACCUCUUUCCUCUCCCACCUCUUACCUUCGGAGCUCUUCAGAAUUCAUCCUCCGAGUUCUCUGUAGUCAGCUGGUCUAGUGCAGUAGAACAGUGGCAUAGAUGAUCACAAAUGGAAAAUAAUCCCUUAAUUAUUUUCUUACCUUGGCUAUGAUUUACUAGAAUAGCUCCCUCUAGGGGUAGCAUCGGGUGUGAUUCCCUUUUCUGAUGACAGGGGGUGGGCACCCAGCAACCUUGUGAUCUUGUGACUCUCAUGUGAUAGUCAUGCUGGCCAAAGCUGAUUGGUCCCAGCAGAAUCACCUGAGCUGGUAUAGCCAAUCAAUUUUUCUUGUCUCCCAUUUGAAAUGUGAAAUGGAGAGACCAGAGCUUGGGAGUCAUUGUAGCGAAGUCAAUAAUGGCAGCCUGAAGCACCUGAGGCUGCUGCCCUUACAAUUCACUGCGUUGUCCCCUGGAUCCCUCCUUUUAUGUCCGGGCUGUGCAAUUCCUCUUCCUACCUCAAAACACCUAUUAUCUCUAAAAAAAAAAAAAAAAAAUUUUUUUUUGGCUCAAUCAAGCUAGAAUCGGUUUGUGUUGCUUGCAACUAACCCAUUUCGUCAUAGGAUAUUUUUAUACCACUUACCCAGCAGAUACCUGCUUUCCAAUAUCUGAAGCACAGCUGUUUGUGGCUCAGCAGUAACAAACCUGACUCAGAUCCAUGAGAACACAGGAUCAAUCCAUGGCCUUGCUCAGGAUCCAGCAUUGCUGUGAGCUGCAGCGUAGGUCUCAGACUCGGCUCGGAUCUGGCCUUGUUGUGGCUGUGAUGUAGGCCGGCAGCUGAAGCUCCAAUUCGACCCCUGGUCUGGAAACUUCCAUAUGUCAUGGGUGCAGCCCUAAAAAGCUGGGGGGAGCAAUGUGGAAAAGAGGCGCUUAUUCUCUAGCUCCAAGGGACCCAUGAGUGGAAGUUGCACAGAAGUACCUUUCAUCUCAAUAUGGGCAGAGAUUUCAAAGAAUAUGGGCUGCCUAGGAGGGAGUAGCUUAGGGAGGGAGGGAGUGUUCUGUCAGGAGUUUUGUAGAAGGGACUUACACUGGUACCUGUGGGCCGGAAAGAUUUUCAUCAAGCUUUACUUUCUAUAUUUGUUAAAACUGUGUGUGUGUAUGCAUGCAUACAUAUACAUUUCACUUUCCAGAUAUGAAGUUAAAUAUGCCUUUUUUUUUUUUUUCUUUUUAGGGCCACACCUGCAGCAUAUGGAGGUUCCCAGGCUAGGGGUCAAAUCGGAGCUACAGCUGCCGGCCUACACCACGGCCACAGCAACACAGGAUCCAAGCCGUGUCUGGGACCUACGCCACAGCUCACGGCAAUGCCAGAUCCUUAACUCACUGAGCAAGGCCAGGGCUCGAACCUGCGUCCUCAUGGAUACUAGUCAGGUGUGUUAACCACUGAGCCAUGACAGGAACUCCAAGACUAUGCCUUUCUGACACUCACACAUCCCUUUACCCCCCAUCCACCUCUAGCGAUGAUGACUCCUCAUUCGCUGGUUUUCAUCCUCACUGGAAUUACCUGAGAAGCUUUAAAACCUUGAUGCCUAGGCUCUAAGGUUGCGAGCCCCCUGAUAGUAGAUUCUGGCUACUCGCAGGCCAGCAGCACCAGCAUCACUUGGGAGCCCACCCCAGAGCCAUUGAAUUCUGCUCUCCUUUUAACAAGGCAACCCCCAGGAGUUCCCUGGUGAGCUCGUGGGUUAAGGACCUGGCAUCACUGCUAUGGCUUAGGUCUGUCUGUCCCUGGCCCAGGAACUUCCACAUGCUGUGGGCAAGGCCAAAAAAAAAAGACCACUCUUGCCCCCAGUGAUCAGAUACAUGAACUUCAACCUCUAAACCAGCCACCUUCCACCCUCACGAUUGGAUUCUUCAGUAACCCUCAGCUGAGGCCUGUGCCCAACUGUAGUAUUUGUUUUUCUGAGCACAAGUCUGGUGACCAGGGACAGCCUGCAUGAGUGGCCUAUAGGCUGUGGAGAGGAGCCAGGCUGGGCAAAUGUUUGCUGUGACUAAUCCAGGAUCAGAGAACUGGCUAUUUGCACACGUUGGCAUUGAACUUGCUCCUCAGCAAACUGUGUUCCAUUCCACUGUAUGGGUGUGUGCUUCCGCCUCUGUUACAGACCCACUUCCUCCAAGGGUGGCCUCAGGGUGUUCAUCCCCCCAACCCCUGCGGGGGGAUCAGGAAGGCCCAGUGCAGGGGAGGGUGCUGGGGUGCCCUUCCCUACCUUGACCUGUUUGUGUUAUUGGCGGCUGUGUCUCCCCUCUGCUUUAAGCCCGGUCUCAGCUGUUCUUUGCUUUCCUCUGACAGUCCCUGUGCUAAAUCUAUAAUAAAAGCUGGUCAGCUGUGCAUAA